AUGAUCUCAACGCAAAAGGAUACUAAGGACCCCGACACCUCUGCAAGGGUUUCCUCAGAGGUGUAUGGCAUGAAUUCCAACGCCACACGACUAGAACAGCUUGGGCUCCAUGCCGAGCUGGAACCCACCUUUUCCCUCACGGCUCUGAUAUGUCUCUCUCUCUGCAUCAUGGCAACAUGGGAAGCUGUCGCCUCGGUUGUUGCGCAAGCCUUGGCUAGUGGUGGCGUCCCGUGCCUCGUCUACAAUUAUAACGAUGCUUCUAACACGAUGAUGCGUGAAAGCAUUGCCACUUUUAUCUGCACUGUUGCAACUACCGCCUCGCUCGCCGAGAUUGCAUCGAUAUACCCAACCGCUGGAGGUGUGUUAUCGUCAUGUCUCGCGGACUGGGAACUGGGUCUUCUGCUAACACGUGUGGUAGGCCAGUAUCAUUGGGUCACUGCCCUUUUCCCAGGACGUGGCAAAAAGAUAAUGUCCUGGUUGACAGGUUGGAUCUCUAUCGGUGGACAGAUUGUCUUCACGGCUUCGGCAGCAUUUGCAGGGGGCCUGAUGAUUCAAGGCCUGAUCAUCCUCAACGACGCCGACUACGCUCCCCAAAGGUGGCAUGGCCUCUUUCUGUACUGGGCGGUGCUGGUAUAUGCCUUGGUAAUGAAUACACUCGGCUAUCGCAGAUUGAGCAGUGCCAAUCUCAUCGCAGGUUUUGUUGUCAUCCUAGUGACCCUGGGGGUCAAAUCUGAGAAAAACACGGCAGCAUCCGUAUUCACGGAAUUUAGCAACGUCACAGGGUGGCAGAGUGACGGGAUCGCGUGGCUCAUCGGGCUUACCAGCACCGUGUUCCCUUUUCUAGGCUACGAUGCAGCCUGCCACCUUGCCGAGGAGCUACCCAACGCAUCCCGCAAUGUCCCUCUGGCCAUGAUGGGGAGUGUUGCCAUGAACGGGGUCAUGGGCCUCGGGUUCGUAUUCAUGCUCGCGUUCUCCACUGGCUCACUCGAGGAUAUUCUGCAGACCCCUACCGGGUUCCCCUUUAUGGUGAUAUUCCUUGAAGCCACCAAGUCUACUGCUCUUACCACGGUGCUUGCGCUGUUCAUCGUGAUCAUUGCUGUUGCGGCGGCCAUGGCUGGCCUAACCUCCACGUCUCGAACCUUCUGGGCGUUUGCGCGGGACGAUGCUGUCCCAUUCUCAAACUACUUCGGCAAAGUUAGCAGCAAGCAGAAGGUCCCUGUACGGGCCGUCGUUCUUGUAUGCAUCCUUAAUAUGCUCCUCGGCACGAUCUACGCUGGAAACACCACUGCUUUUAAUGCUGUCCUGUCCAUGGCCAUCUUUGGCAUGUAUCUUUCUUACAUGCUUCCUAUUAUUGCCAUGCUGUUCUUUGGGCGCAGUAGGCUUAGGUCUUGCGAUUAUGGGCCUUUCAAACUCCCGCGAUGGCUGGGCGUUAGCUGUAAUACUAUUGCUCUUGCUUGGUCGUCUGUGGCAAUUUGCUUCAGCACAUUCCCUACGCAGAUCCCGGUGACGGAGGCGAACAUGAACUACUCUAGUGUUAUUAUGAUUGGUUGGGUGAUUAUUGGGCUCGUUUUUUAUUUGUUCAACGGGCGGUAUCGUUUCAAGAUGCCAGUCGUCACGACUGAUCUUCAAUGA